UGCGUUGCGAACCUUUUCAGCAAGUGGACGGCGAAAGCUUUGGCGCAUUCAGUAGAGAGCUUUGACGAAAUGGAAAAGCUGUGUAGAAGCGUUUGGACGCUGGGUCAACGAACCAGCUUGAGCAGCGGCAGCGACAGAGGCAUCGCGUGCCUGGCAGCGCUAUCGGAGACUCACCAGAUAUUACAGAAAAGCUGUCGGGAUUUCGCAAACGCCGAGCUGGCGCCGCACGCCCGACGUCAUGAUCGCGAAGAGCUUUUCCCGGCGGAGCAGGUGCGACGCCUGGGCGAGAUGGGACUAAUGUCUGUGAUCGUGAGAGAAGAGUACGGUGGUGCUGGCCUGGACUAUCAGGCAUAUGCCAUAGGCAUGGAGGAGGUGGCUCGCGGCGAUGCAGCCGUAUCUAUUGUGAUGGGGGUCAACAAUCUGUAUGCGGGUGCAGUGCAGCAGCAUGGCACGGAGUCCCAGAAGGAGCAGUUCCUGGUACCCUACACCCAGGGCAAACACAUUGCAUUCUACGCACUGUCGGAGCCUGGCAAUGGAUCCGAUGCGGGAGCCGCCAGCACAACAGCGAGGCUCAGUGACGAUGGGGCUUACCUGUUGAACGGCACCAAGGCCUGGAUAUCCAACUCGAAGGAGGCCAGUGGCGGGCUCAUCUUUGCCACUAUCGACAAAUCACUUAAGCACAAAGGGAUUACAGCCUUUCUGACCGAUAAGAGCGUUCCGGGUCUCUGCAUUGCAAAGAAGGAGAGCAAGAUGGGCAUGCGGGCAACAUCCACUUGCCAGGUGACCCUCGACGAUGUGUCCGUGCCGCAGUCUCAAGUGCUGGGUUCUCCUGGCAGCGGCUUCAAGAUUGCCAUGGAAUCCCUGGACAGUGGACGCAUUGGAAUUGCUGCCCAGGCGACGGGCAUUGCUCAGGCUGCUCUCGAGCUGUGCACCGACUAUGCAGAGAAGCGUGUGGCCUUUGGACAACGUCUGUCGCGACUGCAGAUGAUUCAGCAGAAAAUAGCCGACAUGGCACUGCGCGUGGAGACAUCUCGGCUGCUCACUUGGCGCGCCGCUUGGCUGAAGGACAACGGAUUCGCCAUCACCAAGGAAGCAGCCAUGGCGAAGCUACACGCCUCCGAGACGGCCACAUACUGUUCGCACCAGUGUAUUCAAAUACUGGGAGGCAUGGGAUAUACGACAGAUAUGCCCGCUGAACUCUACUAUCGAAAUGCCCGCGUCACUGAAAUCUACGAGGGAACUUCCGAAAUACAGCGCAUUGUGAUUGCCAAUUGCAUUUUGAAUGGCAUUUCAAAUUAGUCAAUUAACAUAUAUUGAUAUUGUUAUAA